CCUUUUGAGUAAUUACCAAGCUGCCCUCCCCCCAUCUCUACACUAAAACGAGAAACCAAAAAUAAAUUCUGCAGGAGGGGGUUCGAACCCGCGUCCUCGGGGCAAAGACGCACCGAUUAGUAGGCCAGCCAGUUGGGCUGCUGGCCCAUCAUCCGUCAAUUUAACCAUUCCGCUUAAUUUUAUUCCUUCAAAAUCCCUAAUACGAAAUGUGAAAUGCGGAUUAAGUUUGUUUCAUUUCUUUUUCUAAUACACCAAGAUACAUCCUAAUAAUUAAAAUCCUAAUAAUAAUCAAUCUAAAAUUUAACGAUAAAAUCCUAUUACGAGAAUUACGUUCAGUGAAACGUGGUAAAGCUACAAUUAAAUUAUCAAAGUCCGAACGAACUACGUGGACUUUGAUCCCGUCUUACGGGUACGUAGGCAACCGAUAAGGUUCGAGUCCAACUAACCAACUAACUUUAUCGUUUACGUCAGUGGACGUACAAUUAAAUUACCAUUAAUACGAUUUAAUUUUUUUUUAAUGGUCCAGUGGGACCCUAAGAUUACAAAAUUGUUACUAAAAUACACCCAACUUGCAUAAAAACUUAUCGACUUAAGUAGUACCGAUUUAGGGCGUUGUGGGGGUGUUGCUUAACUUCCCCGCACGUAACCGUACUCCCGAACCCAGAACUUUAUUUUCGCAGACCAUGCCUCGGUUCUGACACUAAGGUUAGAGCCGAUUUGAAGAGUGUUCGAUCCACUCCAAAUAAGAUCGAUGGCGACUCCCAAAAAAUGCCGACGCGACGACAUUCGGACCCCCCAGAGGGACGGUUGCGACAGUUGGCGACUCCGCUGGGGACUAUUAGAGAGUCGAGCUACAUAAUUAAGUUUGAUAAGUUUUUCUAACUUCCUAUUACGUGUUGGGUGUUUACUUUAUUAUUUGCGCAAUUAUAUUUUCGCAAUUAAAUUAUGCAUUCAUGCAUAAAAGCUCUAUACCCGAGCUAUCCUUUUAGAAAAUUGAAAGGAGUACCGUGACAUCCACAGUAGUGGUAGUCACGCAAAACUUUCUAACCAAGUUGAACUCGGAUCCGAGGAUGAUCUCGAGGUAUCUAGCCAGUUCGAAAGGGCUACGGCAGGAUACAACUUGGGAACCAAAUCCCUAGGAAUUUCUCUGCCAGCAUAUAGUAAGCAUAGAGGCCUCCCUAAACCGUCCAAAACAAUCCCCAAAGACACCCUGAAACCGUGUCGUUACGCCGUUCGAAAGCCCUAUGUCUACCUAAUUAGGGUAAUGAUGUAAUGAUAUGUGUUUGCUUAUCCAGAUCUAUGUUUGAUUACGAUGUAAUGAUGUGCGUUUUAUCUUUUACUCGUAAAACUGUGUGAUUGCAUUAAUGAAAAACGUUUUGAAAAUUCAUAAACAUUGUUCUCUCAUAAGAUUUUCAUUCACCCAUUCACAAUUUUAUCAUAAGAAGCUUAAAAAUGCAUGCAUGAGAUGAAAAAUGAUUUUGCAUUCAUACAUCAUUGCAUUUUUGCAUAAGCAUCAUGCAUAAAUAUAAAGAACAAAAUUAAUUUAACACUGUUGAGACAAAAUCAGGUUUCCUUAAAAUUGCUCGUCCACAAGGAAAAAGUCAGGACUUCAAGUACUUAACUAGAUCCAAGCUCGAGUUCGUCAUGGAAGUGUUCCAGAAAAAGUUAAGCGACAUUGAAGGAAAGAUAACCGGAUUCGAUGAAAAGCUAGCCGGGUUCGAUGAAAUGAAGGAUCAACUGAAUAUGAUAGUAAAUAUCUUAUCAGCUAAAGGGAAAGGGGUAGUAUCCAACGAUGGAGAAAUACACUCUGAUGAAGAAGAUCGCGAUGGGAACAUGAAGGGUGAAGCUUCUAGUGCCAAGAUCCCCGUCAUACCCUCAAAAGACGUAUUUGAAAAGAAGAACAUGGGAUCUCCAAUACAUGAUCGAGAGGAAGACAAAUUGGAAGAAGCCAUGGACGACGUCCUAUUAAAAGAAAAAUGGGAAUACCUGGAUGAAAGGGUUAGAGCAAUUGAGGGGGUAGAAUCCUAUGGUUCUACAGAUGCCACACAAUUGUGCCUAGUGCUAGACGUAAUAAUUCCCAAUAAAUUUAAAAUUCCAGAGUUUGAAAAGUAUGACAGUACCACGUGCCCCAGAAACCAUCUGAUCAUGUAUUGCAACAAAAUGGCUAACCACAUUAGAGAUGACAAACUCAUGAUACACUGCUUCCAGAAUAGCCUAAGUGGUUCGGCGCUAAGAUGGUAUAUGCAACUCGAAAGAUCGAAGGUGAAGAGGUGGCAAGAUUUAGCUGAUGCGUUCAUAAGACAUUACAAGCACAACCAAGAUCUAGCUCCUGACCGAGAAGAUUUACGUAACAUGGAAAAGCAAGAAAAUGAAUCUUUCCGUGAAUAUGCACAGAGGUGGCGAGGAAAGGCCGCAGAUGUUCAACCCCCGUUGUCAGAAAAAGAAAUGGUUUCGACCUUCUUCGAAACACUAAAGCCUCCAUAUUACAACAACAUGGUAGGAAUCACUACAACAAACUUUGCUGAUUUGUUAGUAAUUGGAGAACGAAUAGGGAAGGGGAUUAAGCUAGGAAAAAUGGAAAUCCCAGAAGCCUCUAAGAAACCGCACCAAUCCCGAAGGGGAGAAGCAGAAGUCCAUUAUACUCAAACAGAAUCAUCAAGAGGGAGAAGGUGGGAUCAUCUACCUCAGGCCAAUCAAGCGCGUCCCCAUGUUGCAAACCUUGCCAUAAUUAAUCAACGUCCAGUUUUUCAAACUCAACGAACGAUCCAAGGCCCGACACAAGUUGCACCACCAAAUAACCAAGACCAGAACAAUUCCGGGAAAUACAAAAAACCUUUCCAAAUCGACCCUAUCCCCAUUACAUACACUGAACUUCUCCCCCAACUAAUUCAGAGUCACCUAAUUUCCCCAAUACCAUGUGAACCAAUGAAACCUCCUUAUCCAAAUUGGUACAGGUCAGAUCAACACUGUGCUUACCACUCAGGAGUCGCGGGACACUCAACUGAAGAUUGUCGAAUGUUCAAGAUCAAAGUCCAACAAAUAAUGAAAGCUGGUUGGUUGAAGUUCGAAGAAGAGCCAAAACGUCCAGACGUCAACAAGAAUCCACUACCAACUCACGAGAAUUAGUGGAUGAACUACAAGGCAAAGCUCGAUUCAAGGAUGAUGUUGAUCCUAUCUAAUAAAUGAACUAUCGAGAUAAUUUUCCAUAACAAAAUAUGUAUCACUUUUGCUUUCACCGUCAUGAAUAAAAGGUCUUUCGCGUUUCGACCUCUUUGGAGCAUCAAGUGAACAGUGUCAAUCUUAAUUUAAGAGUUCGCAUCAAUGAUUUUUUUUUUCAAAAUAACAAAUGCCACUUCCGAUCUUAAGAAAAAACGAAUUUAUUUUCUAAAAAAUGAAAGCCAUCAAAAUCCAGUUUUAUUUUCAAGCUAAAGCCAUGAGAUUUUCAUGCCAAAAAAUGUGAGUACCCCACUGGUGCUGAGAUUUGGGACACCCCACUGGUGUCAAGUGAUUAUAAACACCAUGCUACUGUCAAUAAUUUGAACACCACUGGUGUUAUGAGUGUACGUGUUUUGCUAAAAUCGAGAGAUAAACACCCUACUGGUGACCAUGAAUAGUCAAAAGGUGUAAUGAGUAUACGACAUCAUGCUACUUGUAGAAUCUCGUCACCAUUAUAGUCGACUUUCACCACCAAAUUGAGGCUCAGUUUACGUGAAGUCAAAUAGCCAAACCCCGAUGCACAUGGAGCCAAACAUUUCUAUAAUAGCAAGAAAACCCUCUCAGAGUCUCACGAGUGAAGCACUCAUAUAUACAAACAAGCACAUUGCGUCAGAAUCCUCGCUUGUACAGAAAAAAGAAUAGUCUAUUCAACCUAGCCAACGAGAAGAGGCACCCACAUUAUCAAUCAUCAAGACAAACUCUCCACUUUUCGAUACUACUCCUACCAAAGAUAAAUUCUAGAUCAAGGAAAAUGAGAAGCACAUAUGUGGGCAUACCAUAGCCAAGUAAGUCCCGCACGAAGAAAAAAGCUGGAAAAAAAAAGAAAUAUUUUGUGGGACUUACUAAUUAGGUGCCCCUAAUUAAGCAUUUGAAGUAUCAACCGCAUGCAUCAAGUCAAGGUCUUACAAGGAAAAUAUAAUGACCUCAAGCCAAGACCUUCCAUGAUAAGAAAGCCUUUUCGGCCAAAAUCACUUCGUCCCAGAUAUUCAUCAUUUUGAGAGCAAGUCAGAAGCUGAAGCUCCACCACAACCCACAUUUAGAGGUCAAACAAAAACCUUGACAAGUCCAUAACCAGAUUACAUUCGCAAAAACUUCAAAACCACGACUCUUGAAACCAUAAUCUCAAAGACAGGGGGCAAAGCCAGCCAAACACACAUUCCCCCAAAUAUGUUCAAGACUGGCGACAUUUUCAAACAAAUCUUCGCCGAAAAAAAGUCCGGGAUAGUAGUAGUUCUCAACCCAUCAUGUCAAUCCCAUACAUUGGGGGCAAAACCAGAAUCCCUCUACAAGAAGCCUUAGGGGUAAUACCAAAAUCUGACUUAUCUGUCACCCAUCUGAAUAAACCACACUUCAAGAGCAAGAAGCCUCUUUUAUGGGAGAUCAAAACGUCUGCGGUGAACCAUAUGGUGAUCUUCUAAAUCAAUUGCAUCAAAGGCUUCCACAUUAAGUAAAUCUUCACAAGAAACGCAGUUGGACACCACAUAAAAGCGACGUCACAAGGUGACUAGAAUCUUAAUGGUAGCUGAAGUGUCGUACACUCAAAUCACCUAUAGGAUUGAGUGAUGAGAGAAAUACAAAGCGGGAGUGAGAGCGAGCAAAAUCAAAAGCAAGAGUGAGAGUGAGGGCUUACUGAUAUUCUCAUGGCUUGACUUACACUUCUUUAUUUGAAAAAAUCAAAUUUGACCACAUGGCAACUACCACGCAAAAACGAUCUUAUCCAAUUUGCACACACUUCACGAAAGCAAGUCUUAAUAUGGCUUUCAUUAUUAAUUCUCCAAUAAACAUUUUCAAACAUU